AUGCUCGUGCUCGAGGCCUCUCUGGCUGCUGCAACGCCUACCCCCGUCGUGAAACGGGCAAGCCCGACGGUCCAGCUCGACGACGCGACUGUCACAGGCGUUGCGGGCCUAACCACAAACUCGUGGCUCGGAAUCCCGUUCGCCCAACCUCCCGUCGGCUCUCUGCGCUUCCAGCUCCCGCAGUCCCUCACAAGUUACAAUGCGAGCUUCUCAGCAACGGCGUACGGUCCCGCAUGCCCGCAACAGGCCAUUUCGAUCCCUCUCCCGUCUGUAUUGCCAGCAGACGCUGUAACGGCAAUUGACAACCUUACGAACUGGCUGUAUGGGGUCGUUACGCCGAGCUCUGAAGACUGCCUGACCAUCAAUGUCGUGGCACCAGCCGAUGCGACACCGGACUCGAACCUUCCUGUCAUUGCGUGGAUAUUUGGAGGUGGCUUCGAACUUGGCAGCCCUAGCACAUACCCCGGAUCGGUGAUCGUGGACAAGGCAAUUGAAUUGGACGUGCCUGCAAUCUACGUCAGCAUGAACUAUCGCGUCACGGCAUUUGGCUUCCUGGCAAGUAAAGAGGUUCAGGAUGCGGGUGUCGGAAAUCUCGGAUUGCAGGAUCAGCGCCUGGCACUGAAAUGGAUCCAGCAAUACAUCAGCAACUUCGGCGGGGACCCGACCAAGGUAACAAUCUGGGGCGAAUCCGCAGGCGCCAUCUCCGUUGCUCUGCAGAUGCUCACGAACGGCGGGAACACCGAGGGCCUCUUCCGCGCCGGAUUCAUGCAGUCCGGCUCGCCGAUCCCCGUUGGUGACAUCACGCUCGGUCAGCAGUAUUACGACUUCUUGGUGGACCAGACGGGGUGUGCCAGCUCGGACGAUACACUCGAAUGCUUGAGAGGUGUGGAGUACGAGACAUUGAUGGAUGCUAUCAAUCAAACGCCAAACAUCUUCAGCUAUCAGUCGCUAAUUUUGGCGUGGCUCCCACGAGUGGAUGGGGUGUUCCUCACUGACGACCCGCAGCAGCUUGUGCUGCAAGGGUCUGUUGCAGAUGUGCCAUUCAUCACUGGCGACUGCGACGACGAGGGUACGCUGUUUUCUCUCUCCGGCUUGAACAUUACCGACGACUCUGAUCUAUACACAUGGCUCAAGACAUACUGGUUGCCCAAUGCCACCGAGUCACAAAUUGACGCGGGCAUGGCGCUCUACUCAACUGACCCAGCUGACGGUUCCCCGUUCAACACCUCGGACCUGUACGCGCUCACCCCGGAAUUCAAGCGCAUCGCCGCAUUCCAGGGCGACUCAGUUUUCCAGGGCCCACGCCGGUUCUUCUUGGAACACCAGUCGAGCAAACAGUCUACGUGGUCGUUCCUGAGUAAGCGGUUUAAAUGGGUUCCUGUACUCGGAUCUUUCCACGGCUCGGACAUCCUCAACGUCUACCUCGGCGGUGACAUGGCAGACUACCUCGUCCGCUUCGCGGCGAAUCUUGAUCCGAACGGCGACACAGGCAUCGAGUGGCCGCAAUAUACGACCGACUCGCCAAACAUGCUCACGUUCCUCGAUGGGCUCAUACCGCUGGAGAUCACGCAGGACACCUAUCGUGCUGCAGCGAUGGAGGGCAUCACGAAUUUGACGUUGGAGUAUCCGAUUUGA